GUCUAUUCAAUAGUAAUAGGGGUUGCUGAAAAAGGUCUUUUCUUCCAUGCAUUGGUACCUGCUUUCUCCUGUAUGCUUGUUAAUAAUACAGAUAUACACUUUUUUUUGUUUUUGUUUUCACCAUUGUGCCCCUAACACAAGUAUCUCUUUUUUCCUUGCACUCCUAUUAACCUUUUCUUUUGACUACACUCCUAAAAGAAAGCCUUAAAAAAAGGAUAGGACUCUUGUUUUACUCUUUCUU